AUGUUAUACUGGUGGACGUGGUAUCUGUAUUAUUUAUUAUUUGAUAUAUGCAGUGGCGCAUUAUGGAAUUUAGCACUCAACAAACCAGCUUCUCAAAGUAGUAUAUACGAGAAUUGUGUUGCCUCAAGAUCGGUAGAUGGAAUAGAUGGAUUAGAUCGAUAUGGGUUAAGUUGUAGCCAUACUAUUGGUUUUAAUGGACAUGAAUCAAAACCGUGGUGGGAGGUGGAUCUACAGCAGGAAUAUUACAUUAAAGGAAUUGCCAUCUCACAUCCAGACUUCCCACAACAAAAUCCGCGAUUGCUUCACAAAUUUUCAAUUGAGAUUUAUGGAAAUGGCGAAACUUUAGAUAAAGCUGUUCUUUGUUACUAUCAGGAGCACCAUGCUACACCAGCUACUACAGAAAUGUUUACAUGUACGGAAGCCAUCAAUGGUCGUUAUGUUAGAAUUACAGUGAAUGGAAAACCAGGGGAAAAAAAGAUGAUAUAUGUGUGUGAGGUGCGAGUGUUUGGCAGCCCUGAGUUUUUAUCAUACUUUGUCAGGUUGGAAGGUACUGAAGUUGGUGGGUUACCAAUUGCUACACAACAAGUUGAAAACCACAGUCAAUGUGCUAUGAAGUGCUAUGUAUUACCUAACUGUAUUAUUUUCAGUGUUCAAUCGAUGCCAACAUAUUAUCAAUGUGAAAUUUAUUCAACUAAUUUCCUUGUUGCUAAUUCUACCGGAAACGCGAAUACUGUUGUGUUUCUCAAGUGA